UCAUUCUGUGCCUGACCGCUGCGGGUUCUUUUCUUCGCCGCCCACCCCGAGGUUCCGUUAUAAAAGACGCGUGCCGUUCCACACUUUGAUGGAGUUCUCAUCGAGACCGCAAAGGUUCAGUGUCCUGCCUGGCAGCCUCUAAACAAAACAUUAAAAAAAAUAUAAUCCAAAAUAAUUCAAAGUGAAACUAAAAUAGCUGAAAGUGUGUCAUUGAAAGAGCAUUUAAAGUGAUAUUACUGCAAUAAUAUUUUAAACAAUCCAAAACCAGGGAAAAUGCACAUCGUUACCUUCUCUAUACUGGUUUGCUGCUCGCUGGGCCUGAGCUGGGCCAACGACUGGUCCUAUCCGGACUUGGAAAACAAUAAGGAUGCGCCAUUUCCCAGUUGGGGCGGUCUGUGCGACAGUGGCAAGAGACAGAGUCCCAUCAAUCUGGAGGCCAAGUGGGCACUCAGGGGCAAGUUUGAUGAGCUAAAGUUCGAGAACUACGACGAUGAGCAGAAAAAUCUGGAAAUGGUCAACAAUGGGCAUUCAGUACAAAUCGAUGACUUUGAUGAUGAGCUGGUGCUGCAAGGUGGCGGCCUGGGGCAUGAGUACGAGUUGGAGCAAAUCCACUUGCAUUGGUGGUCGGAGCACACCAUCAACAGCGUGCGCUACCCACUGGAAGUGCACAUGGUGCACCGCAACAGGCUGUAUCCCAACAUGACGAUGGCCACCAGCUUUAAGGAUGGCAUCGUGGUCGUCGGUGUGCUCUUUCACGUUUCCAACACGCCCAACGAGGCCAUUGCCAGCAUCAUCAAGAACCUGGAGGAUGUGCAGGCCUACAGUCGCUUGAACAAGCCCGUGACGGUGGCCAAUUCCAUGGCGGUGGGCGAUCUAAUGCCACAGACUCUGGGCAACUACUACACCUAUGCUGGCUCCCUGACCACGCCCUCGUGUGCCGAGUCGGUCAUUUGGAUUGUGCUCACCGAGACGCUGCCCGUGACACUGGAGCAGGUCGAUGAGUUCAAGAAGAUCGAGUACUCAAGCGGCAAGCAGCUGCGCAACAAUUACAGAUUCCUGCAGGCCGUUAACAAUCGAGUUGUGGUGCUGGUCGAGUCCGAUCAUCGUUCAGGCGGCGCAGCCGGACGCACGGCAUCUUUCGGCCUCAUCCUGCUGCUCGCAAUGGCGGCACAGAAGCUGCUCCUGUAGAUGCAGCCUGGAGCUGAGUGCUGAGAGAUGAGUGAUGAUGCGGAGCAGCAGCCAUAGACAUACUCGUACCAAAGAAUGCACUGAGGACACUCCUCGGUGUAGCUACAACGAAUUUCUUGUAAAGUUAUCCAUGACAGGGAGAAGAUGCAGGGAGAGACGCAGCAGCU